AUGGACAUCCCAACCCUGCCCAGCAAGGUGCCAGGCUACAACUUGUACAUUGAUGGAUUCCAAGCCUUACGUCGUCCCAAGAUCCUCCAGGGCUCCAAUAUCACCCAUGUUGUCUCGGUGUUGGACUGGAAGUUUCAAAAAGACUGGGCCUCUCUCCGCGGGUUCAAGCACCUGCACAUCCCGCUGGACGACGUCUACGAGUCGAAUAUUCUGUCCUAUUUCCCUCAGAGCAAUGCCUUCAUCCACGAAGGUUUGAAGCACUCGAGGCCCAAUCAAUCGACUACCUCUGGCACCCACCUCAAAGAUGGCUCCCUCGACCCGAUCCCGGGCGGAGUUCUUGUGCACUGUGCGAUGGGUGUCUCCCGUUCUGCGACAAUCGUCUUAGCUUACCUGCUCUGGCACUCUCGCCAACCAGCAAACAUCGUCAACCCCCAAUCUCAAGCCGACUCCACAACCCAAGUUUCCUCGAUGGCUUCAUCGUCGUCAGCAUCAAUCGUGCCGGAGAUGGUCUCCCUACCCCCAACCCCGCUCACAGUCGACUCGGCCCUUGCGUUGGUUCGGGAAGGCCGUCCCCAAGUCGAACCCAAUUCAGGGUUCAUCAAGCAGCUCCGCAUGUACGAAGCUAUGGGCUGCCCGACCACGCAGGAGCAACUGGAAAGCCACAAGAUCUACCGACGGUGGAUGAACUCACGGAACGUGCUGGAUGCGCUGAGCGAAAACCGGGCGCCAGAGAUGGACCACAUCAGUUUUCGAGAUGAGGAAGAUGACGAGAACAGCCAGGAAGACGGUGCUCAGGGUCCGUCCUCGGGCGCGGGAAGCGCUAGGGCAGGCGAGGGCAAUGACCCCAUCAGCGACAGAGUGCAGAGUCUCACCUUACUAGAUCCGGACAGCGACGAGCCGACCGAGAUUCUCAACCCGGACAUCACCCUGUCGUCUCCGUCCCCGGCGCCUCCGCUACCCGCCAACGUGGAAAUCAAAUGCCGGAAAUGCAGGCGCCUGCUCGCCAAAUCCAGCUUCAUCUUGCCUCACAAACCCCCUCCGCACCGCGACCCCUCGGCAGCGACUGGAGGGGACCCCUGCGCACACAUCUUCCUCCAUCCUCUGUCGUGGAUGAGGCCCGUCCUGUCACAGGGACAGCUGGACGGCCGACUGACGUGCCCGACGCAGUGGUGCGGGGCGAACAUCGGCAAGUUUGCGUGGCAGGGCUUGCGCUGCAGUUGUGGAGGGUGGGUGACGCCGGGGUUUGGAUUGGCCAAGGGCAAGGUGGACGAAGUGCGCGUUCGGGUGGCAAACUCAUCACGAAGAGGAGAGGGAGGAGGAGGACGAGGAGGAGAAUCAGCACAAGGACAGGGACCAGGACCUGGGACUUCGCUCGGGGCUGGAAAUGGAGACGGUCGGAAAGCAAUCUUCGACAGCGCGGUGAGAUUUCCUCCUGGGAUGAGACGGUCGGGGAAUGGAAACUUGUGA